AUGGCCAAUACACCAGUUUUUGACAUCAACGAGGUAUUCAGUUCAUCUCCUGCCCCUAUCAGCAAGGACUGGCGCCCGGGCAUGACCAACUCACAAACAAUGCUGAAUCGCCCUGGUACGCCAAUAAUUUGUGCCAAUGGGCAGUCACCUGAUCUUCAGCGAGCUCUCAUAAUUCCCAAUUCUCCGAUCAAAUUUCGAUGCAUAUCAAACACAUCUGAACAGGAUUUGUAUGCAGUCACAAAGGACACUCCGCCGCUUCUCUACAAUGACUACAAUGAGGACGAUUUAGACUCAGUCUCAGUCGGUCGAGACAUUCAAACACCUCCUCUGCUAGUGUCAACCACGGCCCCGAUUUCCGACAAGCUGCGGUUUUACAGUAUGCCUCCGAAAACAUUGCCUUGUUUUCUGGUGCAUGGGAAGUUGGGUUCCUCGCGGCACACGUCUAUAAGUCAAUCAAAUCCGGGUAUUAUUCGGAUGUCCAGUGNCAGUGUGUCUGGACCGGAAACCACAGACCUAGGUGGACUAGAUGAUACUUACUCUUGUCCACCCAUGGACACACUCAUCUCGAGCCAGGUACCAGUAACCGAUUUCCCCGAAGCCUCAAGCGAGAAAGGUUGUCAAAAACCAUACAGUCCUCACACUACCACUGAUUCCGCAUACGCGAUAAGUGGAUACAAUUCGACCAUGUCCACCGGUCGGACGUCACAUUCUUCGGAUAACAAUACAACCCCUUUGCUAUCGGGUACAGAUGAAAUUGCACCCUAUUAUCAACAUGAACCUUAUUUGAAUAAACUUCGUGAAGCGCAAGCACAAAUUGCAGCUUAUCAAGAACGGGAAAUGCACCUGCGUGAAUUACUGCAGCAGCGAGAAGCUACUAUAGCUGAGUUGGAUCAGCGAGUUGGUCAACUCGAAGAUCAUGAGGACAAAUCUGUGGACCUGCACAUUCCUAUCGGUGCAUCAUGUUCACAACUGCGAGACAUGCUGGUACAAAUGGAACGAAAGCGACGUCACAUGGCCAAUCGAGCCCAAUUCCUUGCCUCCGAAGUCCACGAUCUGUCCAUAUUACGUCAGAUGUUGACCGAUCAUGGAGCAAAACAAGUUCGCUACACGAAAAAGCUCACUUCCGAUGUGAUACGGUGGAAGAAACAUUUCGUCACCUUGUUGGAAGCUUGCGUUGGUGCGGUUCAGGUUGAUCCAACUCAUGGUUUUCUAUUCUGCGACUAUGGAAAACAACAGUGUAAAUCCAAACUGUGUGAAUUGAUCGAAGAAGCCAGAAGAAAAGAUCCCUCAUUACCCACAUUGAACAAACCUAAACACACGGAAUAUCAUGUGGACGCAUUUGGUUUUAAACAAUGCUACACGGACGAGGCUGUAGUGUUGCAUUUUGUCUGUCGACAUUUGCGCGAGUUCUACUCCCGUCAAUUGGCCUACGAAAACGAAGCGGCUGCACAGUGGGCUGAAGUUUUGAAAAACCCAACGCGGGAACUGUCUAGGACUGAAUUGAAGUAUCUUUGUCGCGCGGGUGUUCCCCCUCUGCAUCGUGGUGGGAUUUGGCGCAUGCUGGUUUAUGGUGAGAUGAAGACAAUCAUGAGUGAGAAAGGACCACACUAUUACGAUCGGCUUAUCUCGGAGAUAAGUGAGAGCAAAGUCGCUACGCGAUAUCGGAAACAAAUUUCGUUGGAUCUGUUGCGGACAAUGCCUAACAACGUCCUGUUUGACAGUAUCGAAGCUCCCGGGAUCCAGAAGCUUCAAGAAAUACUUCAGGCUUAUAGCAUCCACAAUCCGGACAUUGGUUACUGUCAGGGAAUGAAUUUUCUCGUGGCGGUCGCACUAAUCUUUCUCAACAAAGAAGAUGCCUUCUGGUGUCUAGCUGCAAUUCUAGAAAGAUACCUUCCGGAGAAAUAUUUCAACUGUGGACUAAUCAACGCCCAGGUAGACCAGUUAGUCUUGAAGGACCUACUAUCAAGCAAAUUGCCGCGGCUUGCGGAGCAUAUCCAAAAAAUGGAAAUCGACAUUAGCGCAAUCACGCUAAACUGGUUCUUAGCAGUAUUCUACGAUUCUGUUCCAUUUGAAACACUGAUUCGCAUUUGGGAUAUAUUUUUACUCGAGGGAUCCAAGUGUUUGUUCCGGUUUGCGUUGGCUUUGCUCAAACGCAAUGAGGAAAUGCUACUUCUACAGACCGAUACGAUCAGCUUUUGGAAGUGUUUAAAAGCUGCCUCUCGGAUGACCUACGAUGCAGAAAGCCUUGUUCAGACCGCCUACGAGGAACUUCAUCCGUUUGCGAGUAGGAACACAAUCAACACACUACAGAUGCAUCAUUACGAGGUGUUGAGUAAGGAGCUGAGUGAGAAGAAACGGUUGUGGCAAAACGUGAUCAAAGAGAUCGACGAGGAAGCCGCAGAUGACUCUCACUUGGUAAUACGUCGCAAAAAGAGCAGUGUAGAACCUUCGUGUAUUCAAGCCGCACUAUCGUUCAGCGACGAUUGUGUAUGGAUUUGUCACGGUGGACGACUCUGUACUCAAAUGACUAUGGUGGAGGUUCAAGAAUGUCGAAUGAAACACAUGAUCUUGGAUCAACUGGAGGGACGGGUUAGCUGUCUACGAAAACUAACCAGCGACAUUGUGCUUUUUGGAAUGAUGUCCAGCAAGAUUUGCGCUUAUUCAAGCGAGACAAAACAAAUUUUGUGGGAGCUACAGGUGCAUGACAGCGUCACUGAUUUGGCCAUUGCUCGCUGGGAUUCAGACGGUACGAACAAGGUUUUCGCUGGUCUCAGUAACGGGGAACUUGUGGUCAUUGAGAACGCUGGUAGUGAACAUCCACAAGAUUCCAUUUACGUGUUCCCCAUCGGAUUUUUGCGUGUCUCCCCAAUCUUGUUGGUGGACAAUCAGUUGUGGUGUGCCAGUGGAAACGGCAUAUACAUAUUUAAUACAGCAACAUUGGACUUCCAAGGACAUUUCUUCAUUUCAAACAACGCUUUGGAUUUGAUCUUGGCUCUAAAAUUGGGUAAACACGGUGUGUGGUUGGCGGUUCGAGGCAGUUCACUGAUCGAAUUAUGGGAUCCGAAAACUCUUACUCGGCUACUGCUAUUCAAUACCUACACUGAAAUGUAUGCCAACCGGCGAGAGGAUGAAGAAGGAACUUUCAACACCAACCGAGUCACCGCCCUCAUGCCUUAUGAAGAUACCAUCUGGGUUGGAACCGGAUCUGGUCAGGUUCUGGUCUUUGAAAUUCGUAGGAGUACUGAUUCAGGUCAUCCAGAUCCUUUUGCUCAAAAAGAAACCGAGGCUAACACAGUAUUUUUACCUCCCAAAACAAUGGAACUCGGCGAGGCAAUGUCUCCUUUGGGUCGGAUGGGUCCAAGACGUAGUUCCUGUCACUCGCUUUUGACCGGGGAUUUGACUAGUACAAUCAGACAACAAGCAUCCACGGAAGAACAAGGUGAACUCCCAUCUCCAACUGGUUCGAUGCAUAGUGACCAUCUGGAAAGAGGAAAAUUGGCUUCUGUAUCGGAAGAACCUCCAUUCAAGGGCUUUAAAGGGUUCACAGACCAAGAACGAGUCUCGUUGAUCAACGCUGCUCAUUCUACACAAAAGCUUCACGGAAAAGGAAGAUUGGGAGGCGAAAAGCUCCUCCGGAAAUCCGGAUCAUUGGAUGUACCCAGGGCUGCCACUCAGUUGUCUAAAAAACGUAUGUCCAGUCUUAGUGAAUCCAUUUCGGAGGACCAAAAGGCUACGGAUCCAAUUGAACAUGCAAAGUUUGAUGGCAGUACUCGUACCUCGUCGAAUUUCCAUUCCUCUUCCGAUAAGACGUCUGUUCCAGUUUCGCAAACCCUACCUCUCACUCCCCCUGAGAACGGUGACAUUCCAGAUGGAGGAAAUUACAAAGAUGCAAUGCCAUCACCGAAAGCUAUGAAUGGUGACCGAUCCAAUGCGAUUGUGACACAACUGGAUUUUGUGUUGCCGAAUUCGCCUUCAGUAAGUUUUACUGUUGGGUGCUUUCUAAAUCCAGUUCUCUUCAUUUUCCAUGAUGGCUAA